AUGGCAACCCCAACAUCGAAACAAGGGGCGCCCGUUGCGUCCAGGUCAUCUGUGCGUGCCCAAAAGUCGCCUCACGAGAUCGAGCCUAUCGUUGCCUUCUACAUCUUCGCUGCCGCCAAUGUUUUAGCUGCCUUUUUCGCACCAAUUCAAGACUGCGAUGAAGUCUUCAACUACUGGGAGCCUACGCACUAUCUGAACCAUGACUACGGAUUGCAGACGUGGGAGUACUCUCCUGAGUAUGCUAUCCGCAGUUGGACAUACGCUGGCAUACAUGCGGUCAUCAUCAAGUUCGGUAUGAUGCCCCUUCGAUUCUUUGGGUUUGCACGGACAAGGACUGCAGAGUUCUACUUUCUACGCACCUUCCUGGCAGUCAUUUGUUCCAUAUGCCAGACGCGCCUCUAUUCUGUGGCUGCAAAGACUUUCAACCCGCGCGUCGCACUAUUCUUCAUAUUCGCAAUGGUUUCUAGCCCAGGCAUGUACCAUGCUGCACCAGCAUAUUUGCCCUCAAGCUUUGCUAUGUAUAUGACGAUGCUGGGCUUUUCCGCGUUCAUGGACUGGAGUGGCGGUAUUAGAACCGCCCAAGGAUUGAUGUGGUUCGGCAUAGCAACAGUAUUGGGAUGGCCCUUCGCCGGAGCUCUCGUGCUUCCCUUCGUCGCGGAAGAGGUGUUCCUGGCAAUCAUUACUGGCCAGGGAACGGAGUGCGUCACAAGGCUCGCUGACGGCUUCACUCGAUCGCUUGUGAUUUUGGCAGUGCAAAUGGCCAUCGAGACUUUCUUCUACAAGACAGUCACUUGUGUACCGUGGAAUAUCGUUAUGUACAAUGUGUUCAGCGGGGGAAGCAGAGGCCCUGACAUCUAUGGUGUUGAGCCAUGGCACUUCUAUGUCCGCAAUCUGGCCCUGAACUUCAACAUAUGGUUCUUCUUGGCGCUUGCAGCACUACCUUUGCUCCUCGUUCAGCAUCUUCUGCUACAAAAAUCGGUCUCCAAGCAAACGUUGUUGCGUAGCGUCGUCUUCGUCAGCCCCUUCUAUCUUUGGCUCGGCAUUUUCACACUUCAGCCUCACAAAGAGGAGCGCUUCAUGUAUCCCGCAUACCCUGCCCUGGCACUAAAUGCUGCCAUCGCACUACACGUCUUGCUUGCGAAUUUAGGGUCGACCGAUCCUACCCGUCUGGUCAGCAAAAUCCCACCACAGGUAAAGCUCGCUAUGGUUAGUAUUCCACUGUUGCUUGCCUUCGAUGUGGGCGUUCUUCGAACUAUCGGCACUCUUACGGCAUACCCGGCACCCUUGAAGAUAUACAAGCCUCUCCACCAAGCUGGAGUCAGUAAACCUGGAGAUAACGUGUGUCUUGGCAAGGAGUGGUACCGAUUUCCCUCGUCAUACCUGCUACCCGAUCGUGUUCGGCCCAAGUUCAUCAAAAGCGAAUUCUCAGGACUGCUACCGGGUGAAUUCAGCGAAGCAAAUGCAGGCGGGUUUGGUUUGUAUCCUGGCACAUGGCUCAUACCUUCUGGUAUGAACGAUGAGAACAUCGAGGACCCAGCCAAAUACACAAGUAUCGAACAUUGCAAAUUUCUCGUGGACUCUAGCCUUCCAGGCGUGGCGCCAACAUCCCUCGAACCGGACUACAUCGCAGAUACAGAGCACUGGGACAUGUUGAAGUGCGAACCGUUCCUCGAUGUCUCACGAACACACUUUGUAGGCCGCUUGUUAUGGGUACCAGAUCUUCCGUUUGUGCCGGAGCAAUACCGCCGUAAGUGGGGGCAGUACUGUCUGUUGCAACGUGGGGUAGUGCGGUCCCCGUUCUGUCCAGAUAAACAGGCAUUGACGACGACUGGGGCGUUCCCACAGAUUAUGGGGUCAAUCAAGAACGUUAUCGCCAUGUACAAAUACACGAAGCCAUGCAAGAUAAUCAGAAUUAUGUCAUGCGGUACUAACGUACGCUACAGGUUCAAGAAUUCGGAGAUGUCUGUAUUAUUGAGGCGAAGUCAGACGCAUAUGGGGCGACUUACGGAGGGUUUCCAACACCAGUGCCAUACAACUCUCGCAAGCGUCCAAACAACACUGCAAAAUCAAACUAUUCGGCCGAAGCUGACCCUGUAUGCUGGACUUGCCAUUUUGACAAUUGUCUGGUUCGGUGUUACACUCGCAGUCCGACUGCGUACCCAAAGGCGCCAACUUGACACACCCCCAAGGACCCCCGAUCUUGAGAAACGCUCACCAUUCAAAGCAGCAGAACGAAGUCCCGGAGCAUGGCCUCCAUCUUCCUUCCGGCGUCCAGUAGCCACGCCCUAUCCUUCCUGGUCUCUGGAUUCAACCAAACCGCUCCCUUACCGCCCAUUCCGCUACGGCCCUAAAUACAACGUAACUAUGGGUCUCCGCACCAUGCAAUGGGACGACUGGAUUGAGCUUGAUAAUGAGUACCUCAAGUACCACUCCCUGAAAGCCACACGGAUUGCCGAGCGCGGAGAGAAGUGCUGCAAAACAGCGCCUGAGGCAUGGGAUGCAGCACUCGAGCUACUCGAAGAGCUUUGCGCGUACCUUCCCGAGAGAUACCCAACGCUGUUCGAGCGACUAGACGGCAAAGGAGAGGGCGUGAAGAAUCUAGCCACAGGCGAGACAAUCAACAUCCAGGAGCGACUCGAAGUCGACAAGGAAGACCCCAUGCAAAUCUGCGCCCGUCUCAUCCAGGACGACCUAGCCAUCAUGAUCGAGCGCCCAGACGGCCAGUACUACCUCCUCGCAGGCACCAUCCUGCUCGCAGGCUUCUGGCGCCUGGAAGACAAAUUCGGCAUGCCGCUGUCCGAGAUCCACACCUCGGGCGACGUGCCCCAGUACAAGGAGAAACUGGAGCGCGGCAUGCUGAACAUGUUCAAGCGCCUGCAGCCCGAGAAACCGGUGCUGAGGAAUAAUUACUUCAUCCAGGUCGACGACAAUCUCGCGUGGAGUGCAAGUCUGGGCAGCGAGGACGCCGAGGGGAUUAAUUGGGCGAGUGCGGGUAAGGUUCAGGGAGUGGAACAUGUGCACUUUCGCAGUGAGAGACAGAGCUUGAGAAGCAGACUCCCACGCUCGGGCGGUAUCGUGUUCACGAUUCGGACGUACUUUCAUCCAAUCGCGGACAUCUGCCAGGAGCCGUAUGUCCCGGGCAGACUGGCCAGUGCGAUGCGGAGCUGGGGUGAUGAUGUUAGUCACUACAAGGGCAAGGCGCAGUAUGCAGAUGCAGUGUUGGGGUAUCUCGAUGCAAUGCACCAGAAGCAAGUAGAAGCUGGUUUGGACCUAGAGAAGGAGGACGAGGUCCGAGCAUACCCUUACUGA